AUGACGUACCGGCAGCAGCGGAUGGAACAUCACUUGCAUGACAGCCCCAGUUCUUCCCGCACGGAAGAUCUGGGAGGGCUGCUGGGCCUGGGAGCGUCUGCCCUGAGUGCUCUAGGCGUCUGGGCUGGGCCAGAACCCGGGACCACAAGGUGGGUGCGCGCCGCGCCCACGCUGCUCGUCAUUGCGAUGUUCGCCACCACAGCUGUCAUGAAGCUGUGUCUGGAGCAGGUGGACGACCUGGAGGAGCUCGGAGAGCGGAUCUUCGUCUGCACCACCGUCGUAGUCACUGGCAUUAGGAUUCUUUACUUUAUGGCGUACCGCUUGCGUGUGCAGCGGUUGGCAAACCUGCUGCUAGAAGCCCGUCGGGGCUUCCCCGAGCAGGGAGCCUUCGUUCGCAGCCGCUUCCAGAGACACGCCACCAGGGUCUGCGUCGGAUUUCAGGUGACUGCGGCGCUGCCGCUGGCGCUGUGGCUGCUGGACCCGGUGUUGACAGCCGCUCUGACGUCACCGCUCGGGCCGAACGCCUCUGCGGUGGCGGACGCCCGUGAGACGCCGCUGUCCCUCUGGUCGCCGGUGGACGCCCAGGCGUCCCCCAACUACGAGGCCAUCUACGCCUUCCAGGCGUUUCUCAUCGUCUUCACCGCGCAGGCCAGCCUCUUCCUGGACAUGUUCUUCAUCGUGCUCAUCCUCCACAUCACGGCCGAGCUCAACGUGCUCAACGACAGCCUUGCAGCCAUUCAGGUACGUUCAGGAAUUGGAGAACGUAAUGAGCCAGCCACUGUACAUUCUGCUCUCCACGAACAUGAUGAACAUGUGUUUACAUAUGUUCACAUUUGUUAUGAACCUGUAACCGUAACUGCAUUUAAAAUGGAUGACCGUCGAACAACGCGCAGCAUCGUCAUCGGCCAGUUUGGACAGAGUGCUGGGGUCGAGCCGACACCAGGAGCCACGGUGGAACCUCCCGGCAGCCCCAACAUCGCCGCACUCAUAAUGGCUGUGGAAACAAGUGGGAGCGAGAUCCAUCCUUUGAAAUUUCUUUUGAAAGAGACAGGGAACACGGUGACAGAGCUGCUGAUGGUGGGUUUGCAGAGCGAGCGCCUGGUGGUGUCUGCGUCCAGCUGCGGUUGGCCCGAGGCCGUUCCAGGCUUCCGGCGCGCGCUGGUGGUCUUCAUGCUUCAGGCCUCCCGCCCACUGUGCAUCAGGGUUGGCAAUCUCGUCACACUCUCCAGGAACACCUUCCUGCAGUUGCUGAAAGAUACAUACACGAUGUUCAACAUGCUGUACAGACUUCAAGGGAACAAGUGA